UUUCCUAUGUAUUACUUUUCUCUAUGUAGCGCAUUGUCAAACUUGGAAAUUAUCUUCUCAGCAUAUUUUGUGUUAUUAAUUAGAGACUGCCAUUACUUAUUUACUGUCUGCCUGUUGAGGGACACGUGUAGUAUUUCUCACUAUUGUAAACCGUGCGGCCUUGUCGGCGUCCCAACAUACUAAUUUUAUCACAACAGUUCUAGAACGAUAUCAAAAUGAAUAAACUGAAGAACAACUGGUUUUCCGAGUCAUGUGAGAUGUGGCCGGGGGCUACAUUCUCGUUUGAGGUGACGGAGGUGCUGCAUGAAGAGCAGUCGCAGUUCCAGAAGGUCCAGGUCUUCGACACCAGAAGCCUCGGAAGAGUCCUAGUGCUGGAUGGGAUCAUACAAUGCACACAGAAAGAUGAAUUCUCAUAUCAGGAAAUGAUUUCUUUCCUACCCCUAUGCUGCCACAAGAACCCCGAAAAAGUACUUAUAGUGGGGGGAGGGGACGGGGGAGUGGCCAGAGAAGUGGCCAAGCACCCCAGUGUCAAAGAAAUUGUUCAGGUGGAAAUCGACGCGAAAGUGAUUGAAGUUUCAAAGAAGUACCUGCCAUUCAUGGCCGUGGGCUUCGACAGCCCAAAGCUGACGCUUCACGUCGGAGACGGCUUCGCCUUCCUCAAGAACCACAAGCAAGAGUUCGACGUCAUCAUCACUGACAGCAGCGACCCUGUAGGUCCUGCAGUUAGUCUCUUCGAAGAAAAUUACUUCUCGCUCAUGAAGGCAGCUCUAAAACCCAACGGCAUCGUCUGCUCCCAAGCCGGCACCGUCUGGUACGACCUAGAACUCGUCAAAAGCACUCUAAGGUACUGCAAAAAUCAGUUUCCAGCGGCAACUUAUGGAUACACGUCUGUGCCAUCGUACCCGUCAGGCCAGAUAGGGUUCGUUAUAGGUUCUCUCGACAAAGACAUCAAGUUCGACCAGCCCCAACUGGUGCUGUCGCNACUGUCGCCCGAAGACGAGAAAGCAAUGAACCUCAGGUACUACAACAGCGAUAUUCAUAAGGCGGCGUUUGUUUUACCGACGCAUGUGAAAUAUCAGCUCGCGUAAACUUAUUGUCCCCAAGCAAACGUGUACUUAAUGUGCAUUUAAUUUAAAUCGACUGUUCUCUGUCUCGACAAUUUAUAUUCUGUAAUGGUUAAGUCCUUAUUUAAGCACAAUAACUGUGAAAUGGUACUAAUUAAUGCGAUUGUUACACUGUAUACUGUAGUGUCAUAUUCAAUUGAUACAAAAUAAUAUUAUGCAUUUAUUUACUGAAAUAAUUUUCGGUGAAUUGUAAGAAUAUUGUUAUUUGAAUUAGAUAUUUUAAAUGAAGGAAUCUCGUGCUUCCCUUACAAAGUGCUGUGUAAUAAGAAUAUAAAGCUUGUUAUAUCAUUGCAAUCAAAAUGAAAACUCAGAAACCAGAGGUACUAUACUGAAA